AUGGAUGACUUCGACGAGACCUUCUUCGACUCCGACGAGAACCCGUUCGACCUGGCCUCGUUGUUACCUAGAAGGACCGCACUUGACAAGGACAGACAGAUCGCCGACACCAAGCAGAAGCUUUGGGAACUUUCUUGCGAGUUGAGAAGACUUCUCGAGGGUUCAGGUGAACGACAAGUUCUUGAGCUAUUCCUAGGUGCCUACAUCCUUGCCCGGAGAUCGACAUCGGCGAAGGACGACGACAAACAAAUCGAGCACGACGCAAUUUCUCGGGUCCCCGACCACCUCAAAUCGAUGGCUAUCAAAAUGAUCACAGAGCACAACUUCACGGUGCAUGGAGAAUUGAUGGCCUAUCGGGAGGCCCAUACCAAGUCUGCAGAGCUACUCGGGCUAGGAAUAGGACUGGGUGCUUUCGCACUGGCUAUCGCCAAUGACACUGUUCUCCGAGCGGUGGCGGUAAUGGCCGUGAUCGUAGCCACGAUCGGUGUUGCAUCUAUUCGAAAUCGAUCUCCUAGUCCAAUGCUAGACGAGCAAAGGUUGGCUUACAUUAGCCUUCUCUCAUAUCUAAGCAAUCAUGGGGACAUGCAGUAUGGACAGAUGGAUCCACUCGAGAAACAGUCUCAUGUGAACAAGUUGUUCAAGAGAGAGUUGAUUGUCGCCAUCCUCUGGAACGCAAGGAGCUCAACAUCGGCGAAGGAGGACGAUAGCAGUAUCGAACAGGACGCAGUUUUACGGGUCGACAUUCAGCGCACUGAAGCGACAACGGCACUCGACUUCUUGCUGAACGAAAAGGGACUACUACAGCUAUUGGGUGAACUUGGGUUGUCUUGCACAUGCAGCAUCUUGGAGGACUCGGUUCUCACCUGUACGGAUGCUUGGGACGCCAUCAAAUCAUUUCGGGCAAAAGAGGUCAUCUUUGUUGGAGAAUAUCAGCCAAGAACAGAGACUCGAUUCUCGCCAGCUGUUCAGGAGGCUAUCGAGAUGCUCGUAGAUAGAUCGCCUGUCCCGAUCCUAUAUGUGCAGGACCCAAAAAUCGCAGACGGUGGUACGACCGACGAGGGGGUCGAAUCGAGCUCCACAGCGGUCGACGAACUGAAUACUGGAGGGGCCACCAACGAUUUGACCGUGGCAGCAGCCGGAGACUCGGCCGGAGAGUCGGACAUCGUAACAUCGAACGACGGUUCCAACAAUACAGCACCGAUUGCAAGCUACACAUGCUCCUAUAGAAGUGAACUUGAAGAUGUAUACUUGCAAAUCAAGAUGAAUCCAAGCAACAACCUAAGCUUUAUCUCGGAUUGCUGGGUGACGGCUGGCUCCAAUACCGAUAUCACCAACCGGAACAAAGUCGAUAAGUUCUCGUUCAAAUACGUGCUCGCGGACAGCUUCCGAGGAUCGGUCGAGGAUUGGCCCGGCUCUUACGUCAAACCGACCCGGCACAACUUCGCGCACCAUGGGAGUACAUCUGGGGGCCAGUCCAUCCGUGGAUGCGGCUAUACUCUCUACUACAAAUGUGCCGAAGUUGAGACUGGCGGGAAUCGACAAGGGGGAAGAUUCAAACAUCAGUAUGAAAUUCUUCUCAAUACCGCUGCGGUUGCGAAUGAGAACACGGAUGGAGGCAACAUAGAAAGAGAGGGGGCGGCAAACAGCUUUACUGCAUCUCUCGUCGCCAAGUACAAGAGGACCAUCACCAUCGGGUUGCUACCGAUCGUCUCGAUCCUGACGAUCAAGAUGAAGAUGAGUUUCAUAAUCCUUCCACCUGUGCCUGGAGUACACCGUGUAGAGGUAACUCAUCAACAAGGGGAGAACAUCAAAGUCGAUAGGUUCGGUGGUGCAAUCAAAUACGACCUCAGAAUCGACAGACUGGGUCGGCGUACGAGGAGCGCUUCGGUAAUCGAAGGACGGCCGGUACCAGAGGAAUUCGUGCUCGAGGAAUUCGUGCUCGGUCCGGCUAUCUUUGAGCGGGAAUGA